AUGUAAAUCAAAUUAAUGUUGGUAACACAUUUUUUUGACAUUUAUCUCUUCAAAAUCGCAUAUAUUGUAUUUGCUUUUAUUUAUUUUUUUUUAAAUUAACCUCUUAUUAUAAAAUUAAACUUAUAUACAACUAUCUAAAUCAACAAAAAUACUUUGGGUUUUUCAAAAAAAUGUUUGUAAUUUUCGGAAGUGUUAAAUCAUUUGACAUUUCCUCGAAAUACGACGCACAUAUAACAUCAUAAAAAAUUAUGAAAACACCCCUCAAAAACUGAGCCCUACGUUCGGAGAUCAUUAAUUGAUGUAAUGGCACUAUCUCGUAUGAUAAAACUUGGUGAAUUGUGUCCAACCAAAACAUUAUUUAACCAGAGGCUCCUUUUACAACCGCCAAAACAUGUGCGUCGUUUUAAAAGAGUUCGACAAGAUGAGAAAAACGUUUUUGAAAGUAUAGCUCCACCUUUUGCUAAUGUUAAUCUUAGUACCCAUCGGGUUAAUGCUACUACAUUAUUGAAACCAUUAGGAUUUACUGUUGGUUUUAGUGCGCUGUGCUUUGGAGGUGCAGUGAUAUGGCAAUAUGAAAACAUGAGAGCCCAUGCAAUAAGUAUGUUGCAUAGACCUAUGGACUUUAUGCAAAAGAGAAUUGACAAUAAAUUUGGAUCUCUAAGAAAGGAAAUGAAUACAUGGUGGAAUAAACUGUCACCAGGGGAAAAAGUUUUUGCCCCAAUAUGUUUUAUAAAUGUUCUAAUCUUUUUUGCUUGGCGUAUACCUCGAUUGCAACCUACCAUGUUGAAAUAUUUUUGUUCUAACCCAUCCAGCUCUUCCAUUUGUUGGCCUAUGCUGCUAUCUACAUUUAGUCAUUAUUCUUUGUUCCAUUUGUUAGCAAAUAUGUAUGUUUUACAUAGUUUUAGUACCGGUGCUGUAGCAAGUUUAGGAAAAGAACAAUUCUUAGGUUUGUACCUUAGCGCAGGUGUAAUAUCUAGUUUCACAAGCUAUGUGUACAAAGCUGUUACAAAACAACCAGGACUAUCACUUGGUGCAUCAGGAGCAAUAAUGGCUAUUUUAGGUUAUGUAUGUACUCAAUAUCCAGAUACAAAGCUAGGAAUUAUUUUAUUACCUUUCCUAACAUUUUCAGCAGGGAGUGCAAUUAAAGCUAUAAUAGCUUUAGAUACAGCUGGAGUAUUAUUAGGUUGGAAAAUAUUCGAUCAUGCAGCUCAUUUAGGUGGAGCAGCGUGCGGUGUAGCUUGGGCCUAUUGGGGUCAUGAACAUAUGUGGUUAAAACGUGACCCAAUCCUCCAAUAUUGGCACGAAAUAAGAGGGGCAAUAAAGUGAACAUACAUUGUGAGGUUGUGUAUAUUUCAUCUACAAACACUAUGUACAUAAAUAUACAAAAAACUUAUUUAAUAAAACUUUUAUUAUGAUUAGCCAAUUA